GCGGCCACCAUAUAAACCUGCCCCCCGGCACCAUGCCGAUCCGUCUCCCCCGGCCGUCGUCUCGUCCCAAUCCACUCCCAUCCCCUUCCUCCCGACGCGCCACCGUCCACGUUUCGCCGGAGCCAUGACGAGGGGCGGCGACAUGAAGUCCUUCUUCCGGCAGCAGAAGGCGCACGCCGCCACCAAGCCAACCGGCGGCGUCUCCAAGAAGACGGCGGCGGCGGCGGCGGCUCACCACCACCAGAAGGCCGCGCCCGCCCUCCACGUCAACGCCGCCACAGAUCACGGGCGCCAGCAGGAGGAGGCGGAGGCGGAGGAGCGGGAGCGGGCGGCCCGGUCGUUCGACAUGGACAUGCGGUACGGACCCUGCCUCGGCCUCACCCGCGCCCAGCGCCUGCGCCGCGCCGCCGCGCUCGGGCUCGCCCCGCCGCCGGCGCUCCUCGCUCUCUGCACGGACGACCAGCCCUGCCUCUGGGAGGGACGCGUCUAGGCUCCAGAUGGGGAUGGGCCCUCCCCUCGAUUCGCCGCCAUGUUCGACUCCAGCAACAGCUUGUGUUAUUGUGUUAUUAAGCAGCAACCGCGCUCGUCCGUUCUCUGCUUCCGCACCUCGUGGUAGCACUGGUAGUACUAGUACCAUCUGCAUCUGUAGUUGUGUGAUGUGUUUAUCUCUUCGUGCCAAUCGAAGGAUUCUGUGAUGCCAUGCCAUGGCAAGUGAUGUGUUAUUUUGGUAUCUCCUGUAUCCUUGUGUUGUGUGUUACUGUAAUCAGAGCAGAAUGGCAGUAUCUUCCUUGUGUUCUUGUUGCAGCAACAAAGCAUUUCUUCCUUGUGUUC